AUGAAAAAUCGUUUUUCAACAUUGGACUUAUUCGCAAUAAUACACGAUUUAAAAAAACUCGAAGGCAUCAGAGUUCAUAAUAUUUAUGACAUUGACAAUAAAACAUACCUUAUUCGUUUACAAAAUAAAAAAUAUUUUUUAUUAAUCGAAUCGGGUAUUCGAAUUCAUAAAACAGAUUUCGAUUGGCGAAAAUCGAUGUUUCCUUCAUCAUUUACGAUGAAACUCCGUAAACAUAUCAAGCAAAAGCGUUUAACUGGUUUAAAUCAAAUUGGAAUUGAUCGAAUAAUCGAUCUAAAAUUUGGUGAUCAACAGCAAUCUUCACAUAUCAUUGUUGAAUUGUACGAUAAAGGCAAUAUUAUUUUAACCGAUUAUGAUUAUAUAAUUUUGAAUAUUUUAAGACCGAGAGAAGAUAAAAAUUCUGAUGUGCGUUUUUUUGUUGAUGAGGUUUUCAGAUAUCCCAUUUGUGAAGCUCGUCAAAAAGUUAGCUGUCCGACUAAACAAGAUAUCAAUUCCAUAUUUUUAAAUCCAAAUUUACCGAGUAUUUUUUCUUUUUCUAUAGUUUCCAUCUUUAAUUUCCAGGAAUUCCAUCCUUUCAAAUUCACUCAAUAUUGUAAUAUGGAAAUUAGCGAAUUUGAAACAUUUUCCGACUGUGUAGAUCGCUUCUUUUCAAAAUUACAAGAACAGAAAGCCGAUGAAAAAGCAUUGAAUGCUGAAAGAGAAGCGAUGAAGAAACUGGAAAAUGUCACUAAGGAUCAACAGGAACGUAUUCGAUGUUUAGCUUUAGCGCAAUCUGAUGAAGAACAAAUGGCGCAUUUAAUUGAACUAAAUGUCGAGCUUGUCGAUAAAGCUUUGUAUGUUAUUCGAUCAGCCAUUGCUAAUAAGGUCAGCUGGGAAGCAAUAGAUGAAAUGCGUUUGAGAGCAGCAAAGAUGGGUGAUGAAGUCGCUUCAGUAAUCGUCGAAUUGAAAUUAGAUUGCAAUCAGAUAUUUCUUUUACUUAAUGAUCCAGAAAACGAAGAAAUCGGACCUAAAAAGGUUCCUAUUGAUUUGGCACUUUCGGCUUAUCAAAACUCACAGAAGCUAUAUUCUCUUAAAAAGCUUGCAGCCGAGAAACAACGAAAAACUGAAUUGGCUGCUCAAAGAACUUCUUUUUUAAAACACAAUUUAUUUCAGGUUCGACUGAAAGCAGUUGCUAGUAAAAUGCGACGUACUAUGUGGUUCGAAAAGUUCUACUGGUUCAUUAGUUCAGAAAAUUAUUUGGUCAUAUGUGGACGCGACGCCCAACAAAAUGAAUAUCUUCGUAAAGGAGAUGUAUAUGUGCAUGCUGAUGUAAGAGGUGGACCAACAGUUGUUAUUCGUAAUGAAACCAUGAGUGAAAUCCCACCAAAGACACUUAAUGAAGCUGGUGUCAUGGCUAUUUGUUAUUCAUCAGCUUGGGCUUCGAAUUUGAGUGCUAAUGCUUGGUGGGUCUAUCAUCAUCAGGUUUCUCGCACUGCUCCAACUGGCGAAUAUCUUACUCCAGGAAGUUUCAUGAUUCGUGGUAAAAAGAAUUUUUUACCUUCGUGUCAACUGCAAAUGGGUUUUGGAUUGAUGUUUAAGUUAGCUGAUGAAUCCAUCAGUGCACAUGCCAAUGAGCGCAGUGCAUGCAGGGCCGCCAAUGAUAUUAUUGAAGAGGAAGUUUUUCUUAAGAAUGGUGAUGAAGUGCCAUUAGAUGAAAUAGUUGGUACUGAAAAUGGAGAAGAGUAUACUAUUAUGCAAAUUGGACCAACCGUUUCUCGGAAAGACUUCGUAAAGACUCCGGAAAUCCGAGACGAAGUUAUUGAUGAGUACAAAAGCAAAAAUAUUAACAAUCAAUCAGACAGUCAAUCACGGCCAUUAACAAUCAGACAACGGCAUAAAGCUGCGAAAAUAAAGAAAAAAUAUAAGAAUCAAGACGAUGAAGAACGAGAACUUAGAAUGAUGAUUCUUGGCACAACAAAAGGACAAGAAAAAAGUAAGCAUUUAAUGAGGAUAUUUCUUUUUUUAAGAGCUCUCACCAUUACUGGUUGGACUCGCUGUCAAGAAGCCAAUGAAGAUUUUGAUGAAAUAAAUGAGCAAUCUUCUAACGAGGAAAACUUGAUCAAUUCAUUGACUUGGGCUCCUCGACUAGAAGAUAUUUUACUAUUUGCAAUUCCUGUUGUUGCUCCUUAUCAGAUGAUGCAUAACUUUAAAUAUAAAGUGAAAUUAACGCCUGGAACUGGUAAAAGGGGAAAAUGUGCAAAAUCUGCUAUGCAACUUUUUGAACAAGAAUUAGGACUUAUAAAACUAUUGGCUUCUGAUGAUCAAAUAUCCCGAAAUAUUCCUGGCAAAGUACGCGUAUCGGCACCAUUGCUUUAUCACCGCUAA